CGAAAUGGGGAGAACACAAAAAAUGCCAAAAAAAAGUCCAGAGGAUAGAAUAUCUCAAUUGGAGCCUUGGAGAAAACACGACUGAGCUCGCUCUUGGUCUUUCCUCUGGCAGCGCAGAGGGGAAUUCUGAUGUCUGCUGCCGACGUCUGCCGCCUUUCAAAGGGCCUCUUCGUCUUCUCCCAGCACGGAAACUCGCGGCUAGGAGGACGAAGGACGAAGGGCUCUUGUUCCUUUCAGCAGUCGAGCUCUAUUGCUCCCUUUUCAUUCGUCGGUGGCUCUUGCAGUCGCUUGUGUUCUGCGAACUUCCCUCAACCUGUUCGUCGAAAUGCCACAGUGGCAGCAGCUGCUGGAACUGAAGUCUCCAUGGAUGCUGGCCAAGACCGGCUGAUGAAGGUCCCUAUAUCAAAUAUCAGAAACUUUUGUAUUAUUGCCCAUAUUGAUCAUGGGAAAUCAACAUUAGCAGAUAAAUUAUUACAAUUGACGGGUACCGUACAGAAGAGAGAUAUGAAAGAACAAUUUCUAGAUAAUAUGGAUCUAGAAAGAGAAAGGGGGAUCACGAUCAAGUUACAGGCAGCUCGAAUGCGUUUCGUAUUGGACAACGAGCCAUAUUGCUUGAAUCUCAUUGAUACCCCGGGUCAUGUUGAUUUCUCAUAUGAGGUUUCUCGAUCUCUGGCAGCUUGUGAAGGUGCCCUUCUAGUUGUAGAUGCUUCUCAGGGAGUGGAGGCUCAGACAUUGGCUAAUGUUUAUCUGGCGCUGGAAAACAAUCUUGAAAUUAUACCUGUUUUGAAUAAGAUUGAUUUGCCAGGCGCUGAGCCUAGUCGUGUUUCCAAAGAGAUUGAAGAGAUUAUUGGGUUAGAUUGUAGUGAUGCUAUUCAUUGUUCAGCAAAGGAGGGAAUAGGCAUAAAUGAAAUUCUAAGUGCCAUUGUGAGAAAGAUUCCGCCUCCUAAGGAUACUGUUGGAAGUCCAUUAAGAGCUCUGAUAUUCGAUAGCUAUUAUGAUCCAUAUAGAGGAGUCAUUGUUUACUUUCGAGUUAUUGAUGGAACUAUAAAGAAGAGCGACAAAAUAUACUUCAUGGCUAGUGGAAAGGAUUAUUUUGCUGAUGAAAUUGGUGUUCUAUCACCCCAUCAGUUACAAGUUGAUGAAUUGUAUGCGGGUGAGGUGGGUUAUCUUUCAGCUUCAAUAAGAUCAGUUGCAGAUGCCCGGGUUGGUGACACAAUUACUCACUUUGGAAGAAAAGCGGAGCGUUCUUUGCCUGGAUAUGUGGAAGCUACCCCAAUGGUCUUUUGUGGUCUAUUUCCGACUGAUGCUGACCAGUUUCCUGAGUUGCGUGAUGCACUGGAAAAACUUCAACUUAAUGAUUCAGCUCUUAAGUUUGAGCCAGAGACUUCAAGUGCAAUGGGUUUCGGUUUUCGUUGCGGGUUUCUAGGUCUUCUUCACAUGGAAAUUGUUCAGGAAAGGCUUGAGAGGGAAUACAAUCUGAGCUUAAUAACAACCGCCCCCAGUGUUGUUUACCGAGUUAACUGUGUUAAUAGUGAGACUAUUGAGUGCUCAAAUCCAGCAGCUCUUCCUGAACCUGGAAAAAGAAGGUCAAUUGAAGAGCCAUUUGUCAAGAUUGAAAUGUUCACUCCAAAAGAGUAUAUUGGGCCUCUUAUGGAGCUGGGUCAAGACAGAAGAGGCGUGUUCAAACAAAUGAACUAUAUCACAGAGAACAGAGCGUCAAUCAUCUAUGAGUUACCAUUGGCCGAGAUGGUUGGGGAUUUCUUUGAUCAACUAAAGUCUAGAAGUAAGGGAUAUGCUAGCAUGGAAUACUCUUUUAUUGGGUAUAAAGAAAGUGAGUUGGUGAAGCUUGAUAUUCAGAUCAAUGGUGAACCUGUAGAACCAUUAUCAACAAUUGUUCAUAAAGAUAAGGCAUAUUCUGUUGGUAGGGCUUUGACCCAGAAAUUGAAGGAGCUUAUUCCUCGACAAAUGUUCAAAGUGCCCAUCCAGGCGUGCAUUGGUGCCAAGGUGAUUGCUAGUGAAGCUUUGUCAGCUAUUAGGAAGGAUGUUUUGUCAAAAUGUUACGGAGGUGAUAUUACGAGGAAAAAGAAGUUGCUAAAGAAGCAGGCUGAAGGAAAGAAAAGGAUGAAAGCAAUUGGCAAGGUUGACGUUCCCCAAGAGGCUUUCAUGGCUGUGCUAAGGCUGGAGAAGGAGGUUAUAUAAUAUUGGGCUCAUUCAGUGCCAAUUCACAGAGUCCUUACUUGCAUGAUGUUUGAUGCCAUUCCAAGAUAAAAUUUCCAAGUACAGGUGGUUAUUAUCGGCUUUAUAUCUUUUUCAAAUUCAUCAUGGCUUAAAAAUGUACGGAAGUGCAAGCGAUUACCCUGAAGCAUUAAGGGGAUAAAAGGCAGACAAAAGAAUUGGCUGUUAUAGUAUCAAAAGGUAGUCAUGAAAAUUUUCCGAAGCUCAUAGGCCUAAAAGAAAUAAAGGGUGAAAAACUGUAAGUCUUACUUGGUAUUUAGGAAGGGUGAAAAACUGUAAGUCUUACUUGGUAUUUAGGGAUCGCUACUACUUUUGUAUAUUUGAAGUCUUGGUGUAUUGACGUAUGAUCCCUGCUUUGUGGUUAACAUAGUAAUGUUGGAGAAAUAUUGCUUCAUGUUCUCUCAGCUUUUUGAGAGAACCUAAACUUUUUGAAUUA